CUUGGGGCCUAGAGAAUUCACAGCAUGCGCUUUCCAGCGCGAAGCUGGAAAAGCGUACGCAGCUGCGCCUUCGUCGGCUUCUCCUUUGGAGUCCUCCUGUGGCCACAGGUCCGACUCAUGGCCAGCCAGGGUGGCGGCUACGGUGCUCGGACAAUGCCCACGUGCGGAGUCUAUCUGGUCACUGGUGCUACAGAUGGCAUUGGCCGCUACACUGCGGAGCUCUUGGUCAAGCAGCGCCAUGUGGUGCUUGUUCAUGGCCGCUCUGUGCAGCGUGUGAAGGACACCGUGGCGCGCUUGGAGCGCUUGGGCGGCGAAGCGCAUGGCUUUGUGGCAGAUCUCAGCUUAAUGUCCGACGUGCGGAAGUUGGCGCAAGAGGUCUCUGAGAAGUUCCCCGUGCUCCACGGUCUCCUCAACAAUGCUGGAACCUUUGAUGGCGAUUACACGGGCAAACGCCUCCUGGCCACAUGGAGGGAAGCCAUGAUGAGAAUUCCCACGAGUAGGGACUCGGACGACUGGGGACGACGAUGUGCCGAGCAACGCGGUUCUUGGCAAUGCUCAAACAUCGUUGAGAGAUGUCCUGUCGUUGUGGUGGCUUGCUUCUAGCCCCCCUCAAAGAUCUUCCAACUGUGC